UUCUUCGUCGAGAGGUGUUGUUGUUUAGCAAAAGAAAACGGAAACAUCGCAUUAAUUUCGUUAUUUAUUUUUUUUGUUGGAAAUUUUAUUUUUUUCUUAACAAGAAAAGAAGCAAAACUAUAAAAAGCCGAACGAAAUAAAAACGCGUUUAAGUUAAUAAAAGAAAAUAAUUACACAAUUAGAAAUCAAACGAAAUAAUCUGUUAAGUUUGCUGUUUUAAUUAAAAAAUAAUAAAAUAAUCUUUAAUCACUGUUAAAAGAAAAUCCUAAAUAAAAGCUCUUUAAGGGCUUUAAAAUAAAAAAGUGAAAACAAAAAACAAAUGUAAACUAUUACCUAUGAAAAAUAUUACAAAAACACUACUAUUAAGUGUAUUUAAGUGUUGAAAUUAAAAUAAAUUAAAAAAAUACGAAAAAAACAUAAUAUUAUAUGAAAAUUUAUGUUGGAGUGUCAUUUAUUUGUGUCGCGCUUAAAAUCGUUUAAAAAUAAAAUCGUGCGUUAUUAUUUUUAGUUUAGUCUCGUCGAGUUCUCGUCGUUACCGUAACUUAUUGCCGUUAUCUUCAACAUGUUUAAGUGCAUUCCAAUAUUUAAGGGCUGUAAUCGCCAAGUAGAGUUUGUGGACAAACGCCAUUGUUCACUACCAAGUGUUCCCGAAGAAAUUUUACGCUAUUCGCGUACAUUGGAGGAAUUAUUUUUGGAUGCAAAUCAUAUAAGAGAUUUGCCAAAGAAUUUCUUCAGACUUCAUCGCUUGCGUAAAUUGGGUUUAAGUGACAAUGAAAUUGUACGUUUGCCUCCAGAUAUACAACAUUUUGAAAAUCUAGUGGAACUAGAUGUUUCACGAAAUGAUAUUCCAGACAUUCCCGAUGACAUCAAACACUUGAAAAGCUUACAAGUGGCUGAUUUUAGUUCAAAUCCAAUUCCAAAAUUACCCGCUGGUUUCUCACAAUUAAAAAAUUUAACAACAUUAGGUUUAAAUGACAUGUCUCUAACCACAUUACCAGCAGAUUUUGGUUGUUUAACACAAUUAGAAUCGUUAGAAUUGCGUGAGAAUCUUUUAAAACAUUUACCAGAAUCCAUUAGUAAAUUAACAAAGCUGAAACGCCUCGAUUUGGGCGAUAAUGAAAUCGAACAACUGCCACCCUAUUUGGGUUAUUUGCCAGCACUCCAAGAACUUUGGCUAGAUCAUAAUCAAUUACAACAAUUACCUCCAGAAUUGGGACUUUUGAGUAAUUUGACAUAUUUGGAUGUAUCCGAAAAUCGUCUCGAAGAAAUUCCCAAUGAAAUCAGUGGUUUAGUUAAUUUAACCGAUUUGGAUUUAGCACAAAAUCUAUUGGAGUAUUUACCCGAUGGUAUAGCGAAAUUAAGUCGUUUAACGAUUUUAAAAUUGGACCAAAAUCGCUUACAAAGACUAAACACCAAUAUAGGAGACUGUGAAAAUAUGCAAGAACUCAUACUCACCGAAAAUUUCCUUUCCGAAUUGCCAGCCUCUAUUGGACAAAUGACCAAAUUAAGCAAUUUAAAUGUUGAUCGUAAUGCCCUCGAAUAUAUACCAAUCGAAAUUGGUAAUUGUGCCAAUAUGGGUGUUUUAAGUUUGCGCGACAAUAAAUUGAAGAAGUUGCCACCAGAGUUGGGUAAUUGCAGUGUGUUGCACGUGCUCGAUGUAUCUGGCAAUCAAUUGCAAUAUUUGCCCUAUUCACUGGUAAAUCUGCAAUUGAAGGCCGUUUGGCUGUCAGAGAAUCAGGCACAACCUUUGCUCACAUUUCAGCCAGACGUGGAUGAGGAGACAGGUGAACAGGUUUUGACAUGCUAUUUACUGCCACAACAAGAAUAUCAACCAAUUGCUCCAGAUUUUCCACCCGGCCAACUUUAUAGAUCGAGUGAGAAAUUCGAUUCAUCGGAAUUUCAUAAUUAUCAACAACAAGCACGUGAACAAGAACCAGACUCUGAAGGUUGGGAAGAGCGUGAAGCUUCAAGGACACAUUCCGUUAAAUUUAAUGCCGACAUACCGGUUCAAGAUAAAGACACACCAUUUACGCGUCAAAAUACUCCACAUCCCAAGGAAUUAAGAGAUAAAGCCAAAAAGCUAUUGGCUAAAAAUCGUACAGAUGAGGCGCCUGGUGUAUCGUCAAAUUUAGAUACCUUAACAGAAGAGAAACAUUCACCAAUGAUGAGACAAGACUUAAAUUCCACAACAGUGGAGAGUUUAGCAGCGUCAAAAACCGCUUUUCAAUUUGAACAGCAAGAACAACAAUCCAACACACCACAUCAACAAACUCAACAUUCACAACCACAAAUGUUGUUAGUGAAGACACAAGCCACACAACAGCAACCACCAGGAAAAUCAACUACACCAACGGGUGGUGAACAACAACAGCCGGCACAUGUUAAUAUUAAACCAGAAAAUGUUAUUGUUGCAGCCAGUACUGUUAACGAACAUGAUGACGAUGAUGAAGACGAUAAUGCCGACGAGGAAGAUGAUGAUUAUGAUCAAUCAGAGAGACGUGUUGGCUUUCAAGUGGAGGGUUCUGAAGAAGAUGAUUUCCGCAAUAGACCACCGAAACUGCAUAGACGUGAUACACCACAUCAUUUGAAAAAUAAACGUGUUCAACAUAGCAUCAACAAUAAGAAAGAUCAUGAAAUUUUGGCCAAUGCUUUGCAACAAGAGACCAAAAAACUCCAACAAUUACCUACCGUCCAAUCACCUAUAGCUGAAAAUCCCUCAGCUGAACAGAGUGAACAGGAGACGGAUAAUGGUAAUGGCUUUGCUAAACCACAACAUCCGUUCGACGCUCCUCUAUCGCCCAUCCAUUCACCACCAGCGAUGGUAACAUCGUCUGAAUUGCAAACAAACCGAGACAUUCAUCCUGUUGCCAUUGUAACUGAUGAUGCCCUUGAUGGUGUCACCGAAUUGCGAUUGGAACAGUAUGAAAUUCACAUUGAACGUACCUCGGCUGGCCUUGGCUUAAGCAUUGCUGGCGGCAAAGGCUCAACACCAUUUAAGGGUGAUGAUGAUGGCAUUUUCAUAUCACGUGUCACCGAGGGGGGUCCAGCUGAUUUAGCCGGCCUUAAAGUUGGCGAUAAAGUUUUAAAAGUCAAUGGCAUACCCGUCGUCGAUGCUGAUCAUUAUCAAGCUGUACAAGUGUUGAAGGCCUGUGGUGCUGUUUUGGUUUUAGUUGUACAGCGUGAGGUAACACGUUUAAUUGGUCAUCCUGUAUUUAGUGAGGAUGGUUCAUUAUCACAGAUUUCUGUUGAAACACGUCCCCUGGCGACUACCAUUCCACAACUUCAACAGCAACAAACACAUGAAAGAUAUAUACCACCUCCUUUGGAAAUUUUGCCAGAACAACAAGAGCAACAUUCACAUGCCCAGCAGCAACAGUAUUCGGCAACAAAUUUGCACAAUUAUCACGCAAAUGUAUUUACCACACCAGGAACAGUUACAGCAGCGGCCGCAACAACGUCAGCAGCUUUUCAAGAACCACAACAUGUUGGCGAUGUUGCAACAACGACAACAGCAUCAACAAAUGGCAUUUUCGAAAAUGGCAAGGAUGGACCAUUGAGUUAUAUUACGCUGCAUACAACAUUAAUACGCGAUCAAAUCGGACAGGGUUUGGGCUUUAGUAUUGCUGGUGGAAAAGGCUCUCCACCUUACAAAGAUGGAUGUGAUGGCAUUUUCAUUUCACGCAUAACUGAAGGUAGUCUGGCGCAUCGUGAUGGCAAAAUAAUGGUGGGCGACCGUGUAAUGGCUAUUAAUGGCAACGACAUGACCAAUGCCCAACAUGAUGCUGCAGUUCAGUGUUUGACACAACCACAAAGGUUUGUACGUUUAGUCUUACAAAGAGAAUACCGUGGACCGUUGGAGGCUCCUCUAAGUCCUCACAGUCCAGCUGUAUUAAAUGCAUUAAGUCCAUCGGGAUAUUUAACUAAUCGCCCUGCUAAUUUCAAACGUUCCAUUGGUGAUAUGGUUGGUGAACAGCAGCAACAUCAACAUCAACAACAACCGCAAACUUAUCAAACACAACCGAUUCAAUACGAUACUAAUAAAAUGAUGACCACAGCGUUACCAACUGCGACUACAGUGCCUGCUACCAAAACCAAUGGUUUUGCCAACACUAACACACCAUAUCAACAGCAACAACAACAAAUUGAUAAGGUGACUGGCCUACCCAUACCAGUACCAGCACCACGUCGCUCUAAUUCGAUACCUUUAGGUGAUGGCCCAGAGGCAACAUCCGCCUCAACGACAUCACUCACAACCGUUUCUUCUCCCACAUCAACACAAAACGGCACAAUACCUCAUCAUCCUUCGGCUGGCUUGUCGUCAACAACAACAUCAUCAUCACAACCCACCGCCACCACCACGACUGGCACAACAACAGAUUCAACAGAAACACAGCCCACACCUUUAAGGCCUUUGACGAGUGAAGAUUUUCAGGCUAUGAUACCGGCACAUUUUCUAAGUGGAGGUUCUCAGCAUCAAGUGCAUGUGGCCAAGCCAAAUGAAGUUGGUGUAGCUGGUGUUACGGUUACCGUCAACAAGGCUGUUCCUGAUAUGCCCAUGUUCCCAGCAGCUCCCACCGAAUUGGGUCGUAUUACCGAGACGAUAACAAAAUCGACAUUUACAGAGACUGUUAUGACUCGAGUCACCGAUAAUCAUUUAGCGGAACCCCUAAUAAGUGAGGAGGUUAUAUUGCCUAAAAAUCAGGGUUCAUUGGGUUUCAGCAUAAUUGGUGGUACCGAUCAUUCAUGUGUUCCUUUUGGCGCUCGAGAGCCGGGUAUUUUUAUAUCACAUAUUGUACCAGGUGGUAUUGCUGCAAAAUGUGGCAAAUUGCGUAUGGGUGACCGUAUUUUAAAAGUUAACGAUUCCGAUGUCUCACGUGCCACUCAUCAAGAUGCAGUGUUGGAAUUACUUAAACCGGGCAAUGAAAUUAAAUUGACAAUACAACAUGAUCCAUUACCAGCUGGUUUCCAGCAAAUACAAGUAGAUUAUAUACCUUUUGAGGAAAUUAUCAUCAGUAAAACUGAUGGUGAACGCCUUGGUAUGCACAUUAAGGGUGGCCUUAAUGGCCAGCGUGGCAAUCCAGUCGAUCCAACAGACGAAGGUGUAUUUGUUUCAAAAAUAAACUCCAUUGGUGCGGCUAGACGUGACGGAAGGCUUAAGGUUGGCAUGCGUUUGUUAGAAGUGAAUGGGAACUCCUUAUUGGGAGCUACGCAUCAAGAUGCAGUUAAUGUUUUACGCAAUGCUGGAAACGAUAUACAUUUGGUCGUUUGUAAGGGAUACGAUAAAUCCAAUUUAAUUCAUUCCAUUGGUACAGCUGGUGGCAUGAGUACUGGCUACAGCAGACAUGGUUCUCGUGCUUCUGAAACUGGUUCCGAAAUAAGCCAAAGUCAAAGUACAUCCAGUUUAGAUCGUGAUGAUGAUGAACGCUUAAAACAUGAUUUGGAAGUUUUUGCUGAACAAAGUAAUGAACAACCCACAUCAGUAUUAGCUAACGUUGCUGCCAUGGCUCAUUCACCCACCUUAACAACAACAGCACAAACAGCAACAUCAGUACCGACAGCAGCAAUUCCAACAGUUAAACCUACAGAUGGUUCAAAUACAGCACAACAUCAUCAUCAUCAGCAGCAGCAACAUGAUGUUGCUGCUGCCACUGCUGUUGCUUUGGCCCAUAAUACAGAACAGUCCUUGGCUUCCACUAAAGAAAAGAGUACCCCUGAAAAAGUUUUGGAAAUUGUACGAGCUGCUGAUGCGUUUACUUCAGUACCACCCAAAUCACCAUCCGAACAUCAUGAUCAGGAUAAAAUACAAAAGACUACAACGGUCGUUAUAUCAAAGCAUACACUAGAUACAAAUCCAGCCAUACAACCGGCACCAUCAACGGGUAAUGCACCAACAUCACCCACGUCACCGUCGGCAGCAGGAACAUCACCUCAGAUUUCGACAGCAACACCCUCGCCCGUUUCACAGCCCCAGACACCACAGAUGGAACAAAGUGCUACGAAAUCGAGAGACCCCCGAUUUGAAUACAAACAAAUGAUCGAUAAUCAGAGUAUCGAAAAAGAAGAAGUUAAAGUUGAACCAGUGUACAUAAUUGAUGAUGACGACGACGAUGAUGAUGACGAUAACAAUGAUGAGGAUGAUAGUGAUAGUGAUGAUGACGAAGAUGAAGAGGGUGAACAUGAAGUGCAAUCCCCACAGGAUACACUCACGGAACAAAACGAAACGGAUUCUGACUAUUUUGAAAAACCAAGACCUGCUGUAAGAUAUACUAGCGACUCAGAAAGCGAUACCCAGAAACUUAAAUUUCAAACAGCCUCAGGCCGUAGUACACCAGAUAUGUCAUCGUCUGCUUAUGGUGGUCAUCAUCGUAAAUCAGUUAGUUUUGAUUUGAGUGGAGACGAACGAUCCAAAUCAGAUUAUGAACGUUCCCGCACUCCCGAAGGUUAUGCAUCUCGCUAUUACGAUUCGGAACAAGAAUAUAACCCCUCUAAAGCACGAAUGCCACGCAAAGGUAUAUUAAGAUCUGCAAGUCCUUCAUCCUCAAAUAAUUCCUCAAUGGAAAAGAAAAGACCAGAAAAAUUACCAACAUUAGUGCCCACUGUAGCACGUAUCAAGGAAAUCGAUUCGCCAACUUUGCAACAUGCCACCACAAGAUCGGCUUCACCUCAUCGGGUGCCAAUAAGUUCAAGUAGUGGCUAUCGUAGUCCUCCACCUCCACCAAUCGAAAGUAUCAAGUUACCUACCGAAAUCGAACGCGAAAACCCUUUCCGUGAUGCAUUUUUAGAUAAAAAUCGUACCGAUGAUGAGUACACAGAAAUUGCCAAAGCAAUUUCGAAGUCUCCGCGUUCUCCAAAAGAUGGGAAUUAUUUCUUUGGUGGCAAAUCUGGUUGGAAAUCCAACGAAGAUCUUUUGCAGUCGGAGAGAACAAGUGGUCGCAGUACACCCAGUACAGUUAUAAGUCAACAAUCAAAAUCCACUGAAAACUUAACGAGUCGUCCUAAAAAGCCGCCACCAACUCUACCAAAACCCAAGGUGAAAAAAGCCGAUUUAGUGAAAAAUUUCGCAUUAGAAUCAUUCCAAAAUGCUGAUGUAGGUCAUGGUGAUUUUGCAGUAUUUGAACAUGAUCCCAAUACUAAUGAAAUACAUCAAGUAUCUAGACCUAACACACCGGGUCCGUCCACUUCUCCGAGCCCUAAAUUGCCCGUAAGGGUUAAUAUACCAAGAAGUCCUUCCAGACCAAAAGAAAGUCCACCACCGCCACCGAUUAACUUCGCAACCAUGCCAAAGUUUCCACCAAAAAUGCAACCUUCCUUAAUUCCCGCUUUACACGAAGAAUCGCAAUAUAUGGAAGUGUUACCACCAUUACCAUCAGUUCCACCGCUAAUAGCUGCUCCUUCUAUAGACGAAGUUCCACCAUCUCAAAGACGACCCUCAGAUUUUAUUCACGAAAAUUCUCCUGAUAACAUUUUAGUUUCCGAGGAAGAACAUCGCACCAUAUUGUUGCAGGAAAAUGAGCUGCGCAAUCAAUUACGACGAACGAGUAGUAAAACCCAAGUGCCAGAAUUAGGAGUGCCUCCAGAGCUAGCACCUCCGGUUCCUGGUAGCCAGUACAGCAGUAGUAGCAGCAGUACGAGCUUUAAAUAUUUGCAACGUUUGGAACUAUCAGCGCACAGAGUGCCAACAACAGCAUCAACCAUAACCCCACACCAUGAUCCUCUCUCGCCAACAAAAAUCUUUCCCACAGCUCAAAUUUUGCCGGUACAGUAUGCCAGCCUACCGCAGCCACAACAUCCAAGUGCUGCUCAUGUCAUACCGCCCGGUCAGCCCAUAUUUACUCUGGGUGGUGGUUAUGUGUUGCUGCCACAAGCUGUUCUAACACAGGGAACCACCUCUUCCGGCCAAGUAAUCAUAUCACAAGCACAACAGCAGCAACUGCAGUUGCAACAUCAUCAAAUCCAGCAACAGACGCCACAGUUGCACAUGCAUCAGCAACGCAUAGUGAUAUCACCUGCUGAGGCAACAAAGACAUCAUCAUCCACAACAACAACAAAAGUGCCUAAAUCGGUAUCCGAUAAAAAACGUUUCUUUGAAUCUGCCAUGGAGGACCAACACAAGCCCACACAAAAAACAGACAAAGUUUUUUCAUUCCUGUCAAAAGAUGAAGUUGAAAAACUAAAACAGGAGGAAGAGCGUAAAAUUGCAACAUUACGCAGUGAUAAAAAGAAAUCAAGAUUAUUGGAUGAUGCCAAUAGCAAAAUUGACGAUGAUGACAACCAUGUCGAUGACGACAAUGAUGAUGAAGAUGAUUAUUCGGAAGAAGACGAUAAUGAUGAGACAGAUGACGACGAUGAGUAUGACAAUGAGGAUGCAGUCGAUAUGCAUCAGCAGCAACACAUUCAAGCAAGAAAUGCAAAUGACAGUAUUGAUGUUUUACGUGCAACUUUAAGUGACGAUGAUGCCGAAGACAUCAGCAGUAAAGUUAUAAAUCCGACUAAGAACUUAAAGCCAAUAGCAACAACAAGCACUGCUACUACCAGUAAGGGUUCUAAAUUAAAAGAUAUCAAAGUGAGGGAUGAACCUAAGGAAAAUUUAAAAGUAGAAUCGUCGAUAACGAGUAAGACAACUAAAAAGGUAAUAGUAACACCAAAAACAACAAUAACAACAACUACCAAGUCAACAGCAAUACCAACAACAACAUCUGCAAUAGCUACUAUUAAAGAUGAAAAGGAAUCUAAAAAAACUCUUCGUAUUAAGCCCCAAGUUACACAGGUGCCAUCAGAAACAACAACAACAUCGUCAACACUAGCAAUAGAACAAACAAAGAAACCUUCUUUGUUACCAAAACCAAAGGUUAAAGUUGUAAUACCACCAGCUCUAUUACAAAAGCAACAGCAGCAGCAACAACAACCACAACAACUGGAGCAUUCUUAUCAACAGGAGCAACAAUUCGAACAAGAUGUAGACGUUAUAGACGAGCAAGAGCUCCAACACAAUGUUGAUGAAGAACAUGAACCGGAAGUUGCUGUUUCACCCACUAGUCGUAUACCAGUGCGUACAGCAAAUGCUGAAAAACGCGCCUUAUUGGCAGGCAUCACAUAUUCCUCCGAAGAGACGAACCCUUUUCCCUCAUCUACCUCUAAUUUGAAAAAAAGCAAAGCUAUGAUAAAUGCUGAGAAACGUGCUUCAUGGCGUGCUGCCCGUUUGCGUUCUUUGGAAAAAGGUGCUGUUGAGGCCCAAACUGUCAUACAAAAUAUGACCAAAAUAGCCGAUGAUCUCUUGACUGAGACUCUGCCCACUGAGCAGGCAAAAAAGAUUGUUUUUCCAAAAAUUGCUAUUAAGUCUAGUGAUGGUCCGGUCAUAAUACGUGAACGAGAAAAAAUACUUGAUGAAAAAAUUGUACGACGUACCGAAGAGGUGCCGUGUCCCAUAACAGGACGACCUCAAUUGCGUACGGUCGAGUACAUAGAAAAGAUCAUCGAAACUGAGGUGGAAACUAGUCGAGAGAAGAUAAUCUCAUUAGAGUUGCAGGACCCAGAAAAGAGCGAUACACCAAACGCAUCAAUAGACUUCAUAACACAGCAUGAGGACGUUAAAAGAAAAAUGGAAGAUGAGGAAGAGGGUAAGGGACGGCAAGUAGCUGCAGUAAAUGAACAACAUAAUCAAGAGCAGAUGAUGCCACAACAACAUGUACCACAGUAUAUGCAGACGCAGGUGUCAGAAGAUGACAAGCACGAGAAAAGUAAAGAAAACCUACAAUUGCCUGGAGUAACGGGUAGAACAUUAGUGGAAACAGUAGAAAAGUUACACAUUACCCAGAAAUUUGAAAACACUAACGACAGUAAUAACAAAGAAAUGGAAAAAGAACACCAGGAAUACUUGGCAAAUCUUAAUGAUGAUGAAGCAGAAGAAAGUGAAGAUGUUUAUGAUGAUGAGGAAGAGGAAGAAACAGAUUCUGCUUCUAUUGUAACAGUGCAACAAAAUACAGAAAAACUAUUUUUGCGUAACGAUGAUGACGAUUUUCCUUCAAUUGAAUUGGACAGUUUAAGUAGUGGUGGUAUUUUUGGACCUUCUUCCUUGGACAGUACAGGCUCGUCUACAAAAGUGAGUAUUAAACCCUCGACCAUAACAAUGCAUCAAACUCUGGCAAAAGAAGUUGUUUUACCGGCAACUACAAAGAUUACCACUACCAUGAAGACCACUCAUUCAAAAGCAUAUCAAGAAAUGGACGACAAGGACUACGAUGAUGAUGACUAUGACAGUGAAUACAAUGUAGCCUAUACAACGUCAUCAACACCAACCUCAACAACCACAACAAGAACUCAAAGCAUAGUUGAAGUUGUAAAUCCUUUAAUCACGGGUGAGGGUCAGGUUCAACGCAUCGCUUUCAGUCGGUCGCAUCAGAGUGAAUAUCCAUCAUUUGAUAACGAUGAUGAUGAGGAAGAUUUUGAAAAGUUGCCUGCUUCGCUACAAGUUUUGCGCAGUGAAACUUUCGUUUUGCCACCUUCCAAAGGUCGUGAAGAACUUUCUUUGAAUGCCAAAAUGAAAAAUGUUUUAGAAGAGUUGUUGGAAAAUGAACGUGUGAAAUACAAUUUGCAAAAAAGCCUUGAAGAACAAGCAAAUAAUGAAAGAACUACUAAGCCAGCUUAUGGGGAUUCUGAUGAUGAUGACGAUGAUGAACUAACAAAAGAUGAAGUUGACUUUACCGUCAAAGAAAUUUCAAGGGAUAAUAAUGGAAAUCGUCAUGUUUUAAAUGCUUUAAUUAGAGACAGUAAUAAAAACACUUUGCAAAAACUACAAAGUCAAUUGCAAAGCAAAGCUAAUGAAGAGGACGAUGGUGAUGACGAAGAAGACGAUGAGGACGAGGACGAAGGAGAUGAAUACGAAGUGGCCGAAGAAGAAGAUGAUUCGGAUGAAUCUGAAGAAAGUGAAAGUAGUGAUAGUGAUGAUGAUGAAGACGAUGAUGAUGAUGAAACCAUACAUAUAACUUUUGUAGAUGGUGCCAAAGUUAUUGAAAAUUUCAAUACAAAUACUCCAAUGAAAUUGCAAAAAUCUCAAACCUACAAUACAAUGAAAGAGGCAGCUGAGGCAAUGACUAAAGAGCCUGCAGAAAAUCAAACAUCUGUACAAAAAACCCCAACAGAAUCUCAUGAAACCUUAGAAGAAGAUACUCAUAUAACUUUAGAAAAAAUAUUGGCAGAGCAACAAAAAUAUGCCGAAAUUUCAAAACAAUUACGAAAAUCUGUAGAAAAUUUAUUAAUAGACGAUAAUGACGAGCAUGAACCAGAGGCCACUACCACCACCUCUACCUUAACAACAACCACAGAAACCAUAGAGAGUGGAAACCCCCAACAGAAACCGAAAACGAAAAGAGUAAUGAUAACAAAAAAAUCAUCUAAAUCCAAACCCGUGAAGCAACACAUCGAUAACACUGAAACGGGAGAAGAAAUUUUUAAUCGUUUAUUACAAGCUGGUGGUUCACGCAAACAAAUGUUCGACCAAGAAACCGAUGAAACUUUAACGAGCUCCACAACAACCUGUACCGAAAACAACGGUACAAUCAUAACGACCACCACAACAACCAUAUCAAAUGUUGCAACUAGUGGCAUACCGCGCACAACGAAACACGUCGAAAAGGUAGUUAAAACUCAAGCAAAUAAAAAGAAUAAUAGCAAUAAAGACGAUGACGACGAAGACGACCAUAGAGAUAGAGAUAAUGAUGGAGAGGCAUAAAUAAUUUUAUAUAUUACGGUUUAUGGUUGUGCCUUCCUUUUUAUCUGUAGUGUGCCCAGCCCAUUCCAGCAACACUCAUGACACGCACUACAAAUUACCCUCAACCCCUAGUGGAAACAAGAUGAUGGUGAUGAUGGUGCGGGAUUUCAGUAUUAGGGAUUUUACUUUCUUCUUUUUUUAGUUCCUGGUGUGUGUUUAAAUGUGUUUUUGUUUUAAUUUUGGGUUUUCCAUUAAAAGCAUUUACUGUGUUUUUCAUAAGUUGUAUGUUCGAAUAAAUAUAUUAAAUUUUUUAGUUUUACGAUUUUUAUAAUAAGUGAAAUUAAAAUAUUUGUUUGCGUAUGUAUGUCAUAAAUAUAAAUAUGUCAAUAUUUUAUAUACAUAUGUAAACAGUUUGUUUAAAGGAAUAUUAAUCUAAAAAUAAUGUGAUUAAGAAAUCAUCCUAAAAUAGGAGUAUAAUAUUUUAAAGAUAUAAAUAUUUGAAAUUAAAUUAAUGCUAAUAAAUCAUUAGUUAUUCAUUCAUCUAUUUGCAAAUAUACCAGAAUAUAUGUUUAUAAUAUUUGUAAUUUUUCGCAAAUUAAUAAAAUUUGGUUUGAAUUACCUAUAAUCAACCAGUCAGUGUGAAUUCAAAAUCCAUGCUCGUUUUUUUAGAAAUACCUUCACUUGUAUACAAAGAUUUUCUUCCUGAAUGUGUGUUUAAAAUGUAUUAAGUCCUAAUGGGUUUUAAGACGUAAAACUAUAUUUAUUGUUGGCAUGAUAUUUAUAACACCGUUUUAGGUGACUAAAUAAAUCAAAGGGAGAAUACAACCGUAUGUUUUUUACCCUUUUGACCGCACUAGCCUUGCGAAAUCCUUGUUGGUUUAAGGAACAAUUUUUGUAUAAACCUAAAAUAGGUAUUAUUUUCUCAAAAUACCCUUUUGACGUACUAGCAUUGCGAAAUCCUUGUUGGUUUAAGAAACAAUUUUUGUAUAAACCUAUAAUAUGUAUUAUUUUCUCAAAAAUAUUCUUGAUUUUUAAAUUGAUAAAAUCCACUAAUUUGUUCAUUAAAAAAAUGUUUCUGAAAACCAUUUAAAUUAUUGCCCAUAUAUGUAGAUUCAUAUUGAGAGAUAGCGGUUUGUUGUCAACUUAAAUUUAAUUAUAUCAAUAAAUUCUGACAAAUGAAUAAUGUUUUUUCGUCAAACAAAAAUAUUGAUAUUUUUUAAUUCUUAAAAAAAUAAUCGUUUAUUAAACAAACAGUUCAAUUAAAGUUUCUACUUAAUGAACAAUUAACGGAAAUUAAUGCAUGUAUGCGUUUUAAUUUUUCAAUUUUGAUCUUUGGAAAAAACAAAUAUACAUAUGUAUGUAUGUUUAAUGAUAGUUAUGAGUUAAAAAUUAGCACACUUUACUUAUAGUAUGUAAAGUAAAUAAAUGUAGGUUCAGAUUUUUUUUUAGCGUAGUCGGACAGAAUUAAAAUAUUUUAAGAAUGAGUAUAUUUAUUUUAAACGACAAUUGCCAGUUUUACGUAGUCUUUAAUAUAUCGGCGAAAGCAAAAAAAGUGUAUAUACCUUACCUUAAGUAAAUGCGAUUUUUUCAUUAAACGAUAUUUUCAAAACUAAUCUCCGCCUGUAAACUUUUGAAUCACACAGGCUAACAACUUGUAAACCAAGUAUAAACUUCUUAAGGUCUUAGAAAUGGCUUGAUGGUUACAUAAAAGAAUUGAGCGGUAAGCAAUUUCAAAUAUACACAUUGGAAAAAGACCGGCAGAAAAGUGCCGAAAUUAAUACUAUUCGUUGUCAAAAGUGAGCUUACCGCGUUUUUUAACAUUUAAACAACAAAUUUGUAUACAAUUUAAGCAUCGUGUGUCAUUAUUGUUUUCGAUUACACCUUAUGUCAUUUUGGCAAUACAUCGUUGUAAAUUCGACAACGAAUCGUUGACAUUUCGCUAACGCAAACUACUUGUUGACAACUUAGUGUUAUUUUUUUUUUAUUUGAUAACGUCGUGUAGAGUGUGAUAAAAUGCAAUACAUCUUAAAAUAAGCGUUGCACAUAUUUAGAAUAAUAGACGCUGUAAACAAAUCGGAUCUCUAUUACAAGGUC